AACUCUCGUCGCCUUCUGUCUCUCAUGCUUGCUCUUGCCUGCAAAAAGAAAUGGCGUUUAUCGCAUUCUUCGUCUCCGCGACGAAGCUCGCCGGAGUCUUAUUCACAGUAACCGUCGCGGCCAAUGCUUUCUCCUUCUCUCGCUAUCGGAAGAAGAAUCUCCGGCCGUUCGAGUCCCCCAUCGACGAAUCGUCUGACACACUCGCCGUCUUUAACAUCAACCCCACCGACGCGGAAGAAGGGUUCUUCUUUGGGUUGGCAACAGCACCAGCUCAUGUUGAAGACAGACUCGAUGACGCUUGGCUUCAGUUUGCAGAGGAGCAUCCCUGUGACGACUCAGAGCCAAUACAAAACCCACAACCACCAGAUGCAUUAAUGGCUUCUGCUACUGGCGAUGGCGGCUCUCAUCAGGCUCCUUCAGCUGCAAGUGAGCCUAGAAAGAUUAAGAAGAAGAAAUCUCUUAAGAUAGCCAUGGAAGCGAUGAUUAGAGGGUUUGAAAAGUACUUGGAUGAGGAAGAAGAACCAACAACAAGUGCUGAACAUACUCACAACAUCGCCGCUUGGCAUAACGUGCCACACCCGGAGGAGAGAUUGAGAUUUUGGUCCGAUCCAGAUACUGAAUUGAAGUUGGUGAAAGAUACUGGCGCAACUGUUUUUCGGAUGGGUAUAGAUUGGACAAGGAUCAUGCCUGAGGAACCAGUGAAUGGCCUUAGAGAAACAGUUAAUUAUGCAGCAUUGGAGCGGUAUAAGUGGAUCCUACAAAAGGUUCAUUCAUAUGGAAUGAAGGUAAUGCUGACUUUAUUCCAUCACUCGCUGCCACCUUGGGCUGGAGAAUAUGGAGGGUGGAAGCUGGAGAAAACUGUGGACUAUUUCAUGGAUUUUACAAGGCUUGUUGUUGACAGUGUAUUGGACUUGGUAGAUUACUGGGUAACGUUUAAUGAGCCUCAUAUCUUCUGCAUGCUAACUUAUUGCGCUGGCUCUUGGCCUGGAGGGAAUCCCGAUAUGCUUGAGGUUGCAACCUCUGCUCUCCCAAUGGGUGUUUUCAACCAAGCCAUGCACUGGAUAGCCGUUGCUCAUUCAAAGGCCUAUGACUACAUCCAUCAAAAAAGCAGCACUGCAUCAAAAGCAAUCGUUGGAGUAGCACAUCAUGUCUCAUUUUUCCGGCCAUAUGGUCUUUUCGACGCUGCCGCUGUUACACUGGCUAAUUCAAUGACUCUUUUCCCCUACAUCGACAGUGUCAAUGACAAGCUGGAUUUUAUAGGGAUAAACUAUUAUGGCCAGGAAGUGAUCUCAGGUGCUGGCUUGAAGCUCGUGGAUAAUGAUGAAUACAGUGAAUCUGGACGUGGCGUUUACCCUGAUGGCUUGUACCGCAUGCUAUUGCAGUUCCAUGAAAGAUACAAACACCUGAAAGUUCCUUUCAUUGUAACUGAAAAUGGAGUUUCUGAUGGGACAGACAUUAUCCGACGGCCAUACAUAUUGGAGCAUUUGUUGGCUAUUUAUGCAGCCAUGAUACAGGGUGUUCCUGUGCUUGGUUACUUGUUCUGGACAACAUCAGACAAUUGGGAGUGGGCUGACGGAUAUGGUCCCAAAUUUGGACUUGUAGCAGUUGAUCGUGCAAAUGCUCUUGCACGUAUUCCCCGCCCUUCAUACCUUUUGUUUUCCAAGGUGGUAACAACAGGUAAAGUUACAAGACAAGACAGAGCUCGUGCAUGGUACGAACUCCAGAUGGCGGCUAAAAAAAAAAAAACCCGACCAUUUUACCGAGCUGUCAACAAACAUAAACUUAUGUAUGCAGGAGGGCUCGAUGAACCUAAUUGGCGGCCCUUCAUAGAAAGAGACUGGCGGUUCGGACAUUAUGAAAUAGAAGGUUUGCAGGAUCCGUUAAGCAGUUUAUCAAGAUUCAUCCUUGCACCUUUCCUCCGGAAAAAGAAAAAGAAGAGUAAUGCUGAAUUAGAUGCUGACGACUUGGUUCUUCAGCCUCUUGAAUUAAGCCUCUAGCGCCCAUGCAGCCUACACUGUCAACCAGAAAGCUCAACUGCCUGUCUAUCAAUGGUUAGUCCGUAUAUGCUUCCAUUUCUAAAUAUAAGAUGGUUGGAGCAUGUCUUUGCAUAUUUCACUUGUAACAUACCACUGCAUUCCCAAGUUGGGGGAAUCAAAGCCCAAAUGGCGUUGACACCUUGCUUUUCUAUGCUAUUGAUGAGUUCUUA